AGAGCCAGAGGAGGGGGGCAGGAUGGAGUGCUCCUGGAAGACAGUGCUGCUGCUGGUGUGUGCGUCUUUGGGGGUCCAGUACACGGCCAUCCGCACCCUGAGGGACUCCCUAUCUGGACCCUGUCAGGGAGCCUACCGCUGCUCCACCAGACACUACAGAGACUCCAGGUGGAGAUCGGUGUGUGAUGACGGCUGGACGGUGGAGUUGCCUCGUAAACACAUCCUGCUGUUCGCCACCACUCGAAGCGGCUCGUCCUUCACCGGGCAACUCCUGAACCAGCACCCUGAGAUCUUCUACGUGUUCGAACCUCUCUUUCACGUCCAGCAGGCCUUCACCAACUCCAGCAGCCGGCUGCGUCGCUCCCUCGACCGCCGGGCCCUCCUGGGAGCGUACAGAGACCUCCUCCUCAACCUCUACACCUGCGACCUGCACUUCAUGGAGAACUACAUCCGCCCAGAGCCCCAGGACCACCUCACAAACUCCUUCUUCCGCCGGAGCUCCAGCCACGCUCUCUGUUCCCCUCCUGUGUGCGUAGAAGGAAGUGAUGCAGCUGCCUCGGAUCUGCCUGAUGAAACCUGGUGUCCUAAGAAGUGCGGGGCCCUGAACCUCACCUUAGCCUCCAUGUCAUGUCUAUCAAGGGGACACGUAGCCAUAAAGACAGUGCGGGUUCCUGAGGUGGGUGACCUGCGCACCCUGACAGAGGAUCCUCGUCUGGACCUGAAGAUCAUCCACCUGGUGAGAGAUCCCCGAGCUGUCCUUGCCUCUCGCAUGGUGGCGUUUUCAGAUCAGUUCCGUGCUUGGAAAAUCUGGAAUGCGACAGGAAGGCAGCCACGUUACGUCGACCUGUCGCAGAUAACCAGCACCUGUAAGGACAUGACGGCCUCAGCAGAGACCGGCCUGCAGAAGCCAGCGUGGCUUCGAGGACGCUACAUGCCGGUGCGAUACGAGGAUCUGGCAUUUCAUCCAAAGGAGAAGGCGGCUGAGAUCUACAGGUUUGUAGGUGUGGAGAUGGAGGACAGAGUGCGUUUGUGGGUUGAAAAGAACACCAACAGUAACAUGACGUCUCCUUCCUCUGAGUGGAACUACAGAUACUCCACCACCAGAGACUCCAGAGCGACCGCAGAGAGCUGGAGGCUUCGACUAAGCUUCGACAUUGUGAGGACUGUACAGAAUCUGUGCAACGACACGCUGGCUCUGCUGGGAUACAAACAGGUCCAGUCUGCAGCGGAGCUCAGAAACCUGUCUCACAGUUUGGUGGAAAACAUGACGUUUGAGGCGCUCACGUAG